AAACAUAUGAUAGUGUCUGAAAACUGAAAUUCACCAUCUCCUUAACUUCAACAACCAAACAUGUCUUCAUCUUCUCUAACAGCAUCUUCUUACUCCUUCCCAUUCACUACAUCCCUUAAAUCAUCCCACCCAAUUCCCUUAUCUUGUUCUUUUCCUCUCAAACACCAUACCCUCCAUCUCAAAUCAUCGCCAUCACUUUUUGUCUCACCUUCAGGAGCUGCAACACCCACUACCUCAAUUGAAAUCGAUAAAUCUCCAAUCUCCGCUACUCCUUCAAGGGUUCUUCCUUUUCGGGUUGGUCAUGGUUUUGACCUUCAUCGAUUGGAACCUGGUUAUCCUUUAAUUAUUGGUGGAAUUAAUAUACCUCAUGAUAGAGGUUGUGAGGCUCAUUCUGAUGGGGAUGUUCUGCUUCACUGCGUGGUUGAUGCAAUUUUAGGGGCUUUAGGUCUCCCUGAUAUAGGACAGAUUUUUCCUGAUUCUGAUCCUAAGUGGAAGGGUUGCGAUUCUUCGGUGUUUGUCCAUGAAUCUGUCAGACUUAUGCAUGAGGCAGGUUAUGAUAUUGGAAAUUUAGAUGCAACGUUGAUACUUCAGAGGCCGAAACUAAGCCCGCACAAGGAUGCUAUCAAGGCCAACUUAUCUGCACUGCUUGGAGUUGACGCUUCUGUGGUAAAUAUAAAGGCAAAAACUCAUGAAAAGGUUGACAGCCUUGGAGAAAAUAGAAGUAUAGCGGCUCACACAGUUGUUCUUCUAAUGAAGAAAUGACAGUGGAAUCUGGAAAUAUUAUGAGGUACUUGAAAGAAUAAUAAUAAUUCAUGAAAUUACUGUAAAUUUUAGUAGAUCAUGCUUUAUUGGCUACUAGUAUACUGCAUUGUGUCUAUACAAAAUCUUAUAGAUUGCCCGGGCUGCUAAUCAUUGUUUUAAUGCUUAUGUCAAAUUUUGUAACCAUUUUGGUUGUUGUGUAUCAUUGCUUUAAUGCUUAUGUCAGAAUUUGCUACCAUUCUAGUUGCAGUAUAUUUUGUUGUUAAAAGGGAUCACUGUGUUGGUUUAAACGGUGGGUAAAGUGUUCAUGAUAGUGUACCAAAGAAGACUAGUGGUCUUUUUCUUGCAUUUUGCCUAGGGAGAUGAGUGGAUCAUACAUGUGACCCAAUCCUAAACAGAGCAUGGAAGAUCAUGUAGUGAAGACAGAGCAUCAAUAUAGAGGAAAAACACAAGCAUGGAAGAGAAAUCAUAGAAGAAUAUAGAAAGUGGAGAAACCAGGAAACAUGACCCGAAGAAUAGCACCUCUCCGUUUCUUGCUUCGCAAAAAUCAUAAUUGUGCCUAGGAACAAGAAUGAUUAGUAUUCCGUGUUACCAAACAUGUGCAGAAUGCUCCAUAGGCAUAUGGUUCAAUGAACUAAGUAGCGGCCUAGAGCUUGCGAAGUCUAAGUAGCCUAACUCGAGGGCAUGUGAAAGCACAUAUACAUGACUUAGAUAUAAGAUCUACUGGAAUAACAUCUAGAAGUCAGUUAUGAUUGUAAGUCAGCUCCAUAUGUCCGAAUGAGCAGCUGGCUUAGUGGAAACUGUUUCGAAACAAUAUCAAGCAUGUCCCGACACAUUACCAAACAUGAAUUGGUCAAUCCAAUCGCAGUCUCAAACUGGACUAUUCCAAUUCAUCAUAUUGUGAAGAGUAUAUAUGCUAAGUCGAUGCCUUCAAAUUUUCAACUAAAAGAUGGUUAGGUCGUUAACUCAUUGUACGCUGUUAUGGGGACUCAUUAUGUAAGUUAUGUUUGCCACUUGUAAGGUACCCAGUUACUCUAUAA